AUGUUUUCAGCAAACGCGCCACUCCAAUCGCCCUACACCACCAUGCUUCCGGUUGAUCACCAUCCUGUGAAGUUUGAAAUCGACACUGGCUCAGCUGUUACUCUCAUCAAUGAGGCCUCCCCUCAGAAAUUACCCUCCCUCCUUCCGGCCAGCUCAACAUUCCGCAGUUACACCGGACAGAACGUAGAGGUUCGAGGGGUCUUUACAGCCGAAGUCGAGCAUGAUGGAGAACUUCAUUACUUGCCGGUUCAUGUGGUGAGAGGAAGCCAGCAACCAAAUCUCCUCGGACGGAAUUGGAUUAAAUGUGUGCCUUCUGUGCUAUCCUAUGUACAUCGGAUUGGUGUAAAUCCGGCUUUGGAUUCAAUUUUGGUAAAUCAUAAGGAUCUAUUUCGUGACGAUUCUGCUACCCACUACCGCGGUCCACCUGUUAAAUUCCAGUUUCAGUCAGAUUUCCGGCCCCGGUUCUUCAAAGCUCGUACAGUCCCCUAUGCAGUCGCACCGAAGGUCGAAGAAGAGCUGGAUCGCCUACAGAAAGCGGAUAUUAUUGAGCCCGUGCAAUAUUCGGAAUCGGCAGCCCCAAUAGUUCCUGUUCUUAAAACCGAUGGUUCUGUGCGUAUCUGUGGCGACUACAAGCUGACAAUCAACUCGGCAACUAAACUGAACCCUUAUCCUCUCCCGCGCAUCGAGGAUCUGUACGCAUCUCUCUCGGGUGGUCAUCAGUUUUCAACUUUGGACCUAAAGCAUGCCUACAACCAAGUCGUCCUAGAUACUGAAUCCUGA